AAGACGUGCACUUCCUCCCCUCACCCGCUCUGCAAAAUCAAGCAAACUCAUUCAGCGGCGUAAUCUACUGAAAUCUGACAAAAUGUUUUUGACAAGAUCGGAAUAUGACAGAGGUGUGAACACAUUUUCUCCAGAAGGUAGACUUUUCCAAGUGGAAUAUGCCAUCGAAGCUAUCAAGCUGGGGUCCACCGCCAUUGGUAUCCAGACUUCGGAAGGGGUGUGUCUCGCUGUCGAGAAGAGAAUAACCUCCCCUCUCAUGGAGCCUAGCAGCAUUGAGAAGAUUGUUGAGAUUGAUACGCACAUAGGUUGUGCCAUGAGUGGCUUGAUAGCUGAUGCCAAAACGCUAAUUGACAAAGCACGCGUAGAGACACAAAACCACUGGUUUACCUACAACGAGACGAUGACGGUGGAGAGCGUCACCCAGGCCGUGUCCAACCUGGCCCUGCAGUUUGGUGAGGAGGACGCGGACCCUGGUGCCAUGAGCCGUCCCUUCGGCGUUGCACUUCUCUUUGGGGGACUGGAUGAGAAGGGGCCCCAGCUGUACCACAUGGACCCUUCAGGCACCUUCGUACAAUGUGACGCCCGCGCCAUCGGCUCUGCAUCUGAGGGUGCCCAGAGCUCCCUGCAGGAGGUCUACCACAAGUCCAUGACGUUAAAAGAUGCCAUCAAGUCCUCCCUCACCAUCCUGAAGCAGGUCAUGGAGGAGAAGCUGAACGCGACUAACAUCGAGCUUGCCACAAUAGAGCCUGGGAAGGCCUUUCACAUGUACACAAAGGAAGAGCUAGAAGACGUCAUUAAGGACAUCUGAACCGGAAAGGGCCUCUGGGCUGCGCGCGUCCUCGCCGCACUCUUUCAGAAUAUUGUGGUUUUACUGCCCUCACGGAAACCAACUGUUAGUAAUGUCUUUUUUUUUUUCCUUUCUUAAUCUCAAGGAUUUCUACAAGUCUGUACAUACUACAGAAUAACAACAGCACUGGGAAUUAAGUGAAAUGAAGUGUGUGGGUGGGGGGGUACUUUUUGUUACGACUGGAUACAGCAAAUAAAACUGUCAUAUUCCAAAA